CCUCGUCCCACGCUCACACAACUGUUGCCUGACAUGAGAUGCAAAGUCACUUCCCCCCUGUGAGCCUCUGCACAGAAAUACCAUCAGAGUGUCUGAUAAGCUUCGGAUGAAACCACCGACUUGUGCUCAUGACUUAAAAACUGAAAACCAAAAGAGGCGGAAUGCAGUUUGAAGUUGUCAGACACAUUGCAGAUACAGCUGCGACAACAGGAAACCAGAGAAAAGGCGCCGGUGCAACAGAACUGAAACCUGCGUCAAUGAAGGUGUUGCUGUCCUGCAUCAGCAGCUUUAUCCCCACCAUGUCUUGAAAUUCUGAGUGAUCUGAGACAAUGGAGAGUCCAGCGUCCACAGUGAGGCGACGAGCAUGGAUCAACAGCAGCCGACAGUGGGUCACCUUGGAGGACCCGGACCCGGAGGCCCAGCCCUUCAGACUUCCAUCUGCUUCUUUAGUGGAUGAUGACGUCUUUUCAGACAGUCAGUCCGAUUCACCAAGAUGCUUCACAGGAAAGAUUGAGAGCUGGCUCCUCGGUUGUGGGUUGGAGUCAAGCUUGGAAAAUGUUCAUCAGCUGAGUUUUGAGAAAGCUGGAAAUUUUCAUGAUGACUUAAGUCUUGGUGCUGAUGCGUAUGCACUGAAUGGUGGACAGAUUACGCCUGGAGCUGACUUUGCACAUCAUCCUUCCAUCAAGCAACGGCGCAGCAGACUCACCAGCAGUAGUACCCCUCGUCAGCAGCUAUGCAUGCCAUCACUAAGCCUGGGCCAGAGCAUGGCCUCCAGCUGCCCCUCCUCCUCCACCUGCAAAACUUCAUCCAGUGUGUCCGAGGUCCUGAAGAUGUGUUCAGAAGAUGCUGAGGAGACGCUGUAUGAGCUGGGUUUCGGCUCCGAUGAGCCACAGGUCACUGUUCGCAUCCCGCCUCGUUUCUUCACCUUCCCAUCUCAGGCACAGGGCAUCAACUUCCGUCUCUUUCUGGACUCACAGCUGCGGCGGAUUCGUGAGGAGGAUCCCAGCCUGUCUCUUGCUAGUCGUUUCAGACAAGUGCAAGUGCUCACAGCAAUGGCCAAUGCUUUCUACUCCCUCUACUCCCAUGUGUCCCGCACCCCUGUUCAGAAACUGGCAACUCCAGAAUUUAACUUCUCCUCUCCAGUUGAAAAGAUCGAACGCUUCAGGAGCAACAUUCGCAGCGAGCCCCGUUCUCCAGUGGAAAGGCUAAAGGACACCGUCUCCAAAAUGUGCCUCUACACAGGUUCUCCUCGUGGGUCAGACUCCACCUCUCCACAGCUGUCACCCAGUAAACAGCAAAGCCUGCCUGAUGUUGUGGAUAUAAUGUUGGAGAAAGUCAAGCCUGGGGUGAACAAGAAACUGGAUUUGGAGGAACCAGAUGAUAGAAAUUCAGCUAUGGAUGUUAUAUUCAACUCAGAUGGUGAUAAAUCCUGCUACAGUUGCCAAGAAGAGCAAACACAGCUGACAGUUCGGAAUACAAUCGAAGCAGUACAGGACAGUGAACAAACAGAUAAGAUUGAUACUUGUGAGAACAGUGUCAACCUAGAAGACACUGACAGCAAGACUCACAGUACUCGGACAUCUUUAGCAUCAUCACUAUCAGGAGAAACUGUGAUAGAAGUAGGUCGUCAGUUUGUUUCAUUUCCAUCUGAGCGGAAAUCAGACUCAAGUCAAAGGAUGGCUGACCUGAAAGCUGUUGCCAAAGUUUCAUAUGAUCUUAUCUGCCCACAGAUAGUAGAGAAUGUGCACCAGGCACCUUUCAGCUGUCAGUACAUACAUGGUACAAAAACAAACAUAUUACCUCUUAUAUCCUCUGAGACCGAAAGCACAGAUAGAGCAUGUCCUAUAUCACACAGAAACCAUGAGACUCAAACUGGUAUUUCAGCAGCUUAUGAGCAGUCAUGCUUUGGCCCAGCUGAUGUUUCCUCAUUAGGGACACAAACACAGGUGGAUACAUCCCAAAUACAUCUGCUGGCUGCCAAUUGUAGUUCACCCCAGUAUUGCAUCACUGUAACAGUAGAAGGGGAGGAUAUCUCUUCCUCUUCCUUGAACACACUAGAUUCCAGUCAUAUUUCAACUCUUCCACCUGCCCAAACCUGUGAGGAGUCGACUGGUGACGGAAAGAGUCAGUACCUGAAUCCAAUGACACAUCACGGCCAGGGGCACAACUCCAGUAAUCUACAACAGGUUAACUCCUUUGAGCUGGAGGAGAUGCAUAGUGCAGGAGAGGAUGAUUUUGGACAACCAGAACAUGGAAGAACAGCAGCCUCACCACUGUCCACAAAACGUCAGUUCAAAGGUGAAGUGGCCCGUGGUGACAGUGUGCAGUCAGACAGCAGCGGCUAUGCAGAGGAAGAAGUCAGUCCCUCUCCUCGGAUCAAUGAUUAAUAAACUGCAGACUUACUGCAGCAGUGGAAUGUCUAAUAAGACUGGUAAUGACAUAUAAGUUUUCCUUCAGGACAUAUUGUGGUUACAGUGAACAUAACAGGCUGUGCAUAAACAUAAAGCUGUAAGAAAGCUUUGAAUAAAUGGUUUAAUCCUCGACAGCAACAUGUUUAAUUCAUCGUUUUAUUGUAAAUCAAGUACAUUUGAAAUGGAGCUCUUGCUUCAUUUUUUUUUUUUUUUUUUUAAAUUAUGCAGUAUUUGUUUACUGCUAUAACAUUGACUGAGUUGAACUUCUUAAAUCUCUUCUGAAACAACAGCUAAGUUCCUUCUUUCAAUAAUCACAUGGACAAUACAUGGGUCAGCAUUCCCAGAGAAUGAGGUCUGAGCUACAGAACAGAAUGCACUGUGCACGGGUGGACGUGAACAUACAGCAGGACAGCCUCCAUUGUUCAAAAGGCAUUAUCCACACAAAUAGUGUAACUUGAUACUAUUUGGAGACUUAUUUCAGUUGAGUGUAAGGUGACAAAUAUGCUCCUACAACAAGCCAUUACUGAAGCUUUACACAGAGACAAAACGGACCAUAAUCAACUCAACACAAAAACUCAUAAUGCUUCCUGUUAAACAGUAAAGUAAGGGAUUCACAAACACUGGUUAACACAGGCAUGAUCCGAAUCAUGGGGUAACAACAUUGAAACAUCGACAUAUAUUUAAUCUUUAUUUAUCUAAACUAUAAUCCUGGAAGUCAAAUGAUUUUUUGCAUGUUUGAUAAUUCAUCAGUAAUUCAAAAAUGUAAAUGACUUAAUGCCGAGUUGUUGUUACAAUGAAGGAAUUUACAAAACUGCAAAGACACUGCAUCAGAGAUAGGGCAAUAAAUACACGGCAACAUGUAAAGAUUUGACAUUUACCGCUACAAUGUUGUCUGCAAAAGUUUGAACCAAAACAAGGACGACAUUUUGAGAUUAAGAGUAGAUUUGACGAGUAUUUCUACAGCUGAAAAGAAUCAAUACAAGAACUUUCUUGUGAUGUUCGUACAUGUGAAAUGUCUGAUGAGGUUGUUGAAAAUAUUCAUAGUCAUUUAUGACUCAACACAAGGCUAUGCCUGGCAGUUUCAUGAUUGUAACAAGGGAUGACUUCCAAAAUACUGAUAAAACUAAAGGUGAGCUACUGAUGGAUUUCAAUUGACAGUAAUUCUAAUACUAGA